UCUACCUAGGCAAGAAGACAGAGCUCAUUCCCCCGUCCUAAUAAAAAAGUUUCCUUUUUAUCUUGUUUUUAACUACAACGGCAGGGACCUUCUGACUAAUGUCAUGUUCCUUGGAAAGAUUUAGGAACUGUGAUUCUAUGAGAGGGUUUUAUGAAAACAGAAUCGGCCUCGAGAGGCUCUUCAUUGGGUUGGGAAACGCUCCCGGGCGGGUACCCAGGUGCCCCGCGCAGCGGCGGAGGGUCAGAGCCCGGGGUGUGAGCCCCCCGGGCGGUGCUGUCGGACGUGGGGAGAACACGGGGAGCCGGCCGGUUUCAAGGGCUCCCGGCACCCAGGAAGGAGGCCGCACGGGUUUCUGGAGGAGAAGCUCACCCAGCCCGGAUCAGGACGUCAGAACUGCAGGAUCCUGGCUCUGCUGAGACCCUGAGAAACCAUGAGUGUGAGGUUGCCCCAGAGCAUAGACAGAUCAGCCAGUAAAAAGCAGUCUCACCUGUCCAGCCCCAUUGCAGCCUGGUUAAGUACCCUGUCUUUGGGAGAUCCAGCGCCUGAACGCAGGUCCCCUUCCCACCUCCGCCAGCCCUCUGACACCUCUGAGACAGCAGGUCUUGUUCAGCGCUGUGUCAUCAUCCAAAAGGACCAACAUGGCUUUGGCUUCACGGUCAGCGGGGAUCGCAUCGUUCUGGUGCAGUCUGUGCGGCCUGGAGGGGCAGCCAUGAGAGCUGGUGUCAAAGAGGGAGACCGGAUCAUCAAAGUGAAUGGCACCAUGGUGACCAACAGCUCACACCUGGAGGUAGUGAAGCUUAUCAAAUCUGGCGCCUACGUUGCACUGACCCUCCUGGGCUCUUCCCCCUUGUCCGUCGGUGUCUCUGGGCUGCAGCAGGACCCUGCCCCAGCCGGAGCCCCCCGAGUCACCCCCGUGGUCCCACCACCUCCGCCGCCGCCACCUCUGCCCCCCCCACAGCGCAUCACGGGGCCCAGACCUCUGCAGGAUCCUGAAUUCCAGAAACAUGCCACCCAGAUCCUUCGGAAUAUGCUGAGGCAGGAGGAAAAGGAGUUACAGCGUAUCUGUGAGGUGUACAGCCGGAACCCUGCCAGCCCACUGGAGGAGCAGAUCGAAGGUGCCCGGAGGCGCGUCACGCAGUUACAGCUGAAGAUUCAGCAGGAGAUGGGUGGCUUCGUGGACAUACCCACCCUAUACAGUGACACCAGCCAGAGAGCAUCAGAAGGCCGACUCUCUCUGGAUUCCCAGGAGGGGGACAGUGGCAUGGACUCUGGGACGGAACGCCUCCCCUCCCUCAGUGAGGCACUGAUGAAUCGGAACUCGGCACUGUCGGACCCUGGGCUGGACAGUCCCCGAACCUCGCCUGUUAUCAUGGCCAGGGUGGCCCAGCACCACCGGCGGCAGGGCUCGGAUGCACCAGGGCCCAGCACCAGUGAGCAGGGCACAGACCAGAGCCCAAAGCCUUUAAUCAUUGGUCCAGAGGAAGACUACGACCCGGGUUAUUUCAACAACGAGAGCGACAUCGUGUUCCAAGACCUUGAGAAGCUGAAGGCACGGCCAGCUCACCUGGGUGUUUUCCUGCGGUAUAUCUUCUCUCAGGCAGACCCCAGUCCGCUGCUUUUUUACUUGUGCGCAGAGGUUUAUCAGCAGACAAACCCCAAGGAUUCCCGAGGCUUAGGAAAAGACAUCUGGAAUAUUUUCCUGGAGAAGAAUGCGCCACUGAGAGUAAAGGUCCCAGAGAUGCUGCAAGCUGAAAUUGACUUGCGUCUGCGCGGCAGUGAGGACAUUCGCGCUGCCCUCCAUGAAGCCCAGGAGGCGGCCAUGCCUGAGAUCCAGGAGCAGAUCCAGGACUACAGAACAAAGCGCACCCUGGGGCUGGGCAGUCUGUACGGUGAGAACGACCUGCUGGACCUGGACGGGGACCCUCUCCGAGAACGCCAUGUGGCUGAGAAGCAGCUGGCUGCGCUGGGAGACAUCCUGUCCAAGUAUGAGGAGGACAGAAGCGCCCCCAUGGACUUCGCCCUCAAUACCUACAUGAACCAUGCCGGGCUCCGUGUCCGAGAUGCGCGGUCUUCCAGCCUGGCUGAAAAGGCCCAGGCUGCACCUGACAAGGACAAGUGGCUGCCCUUCUUCCCAAAGACCAAGAAGCAGAGUAGCAACUCCAAAAAAGACAAGGAUGCCUUGGAGGACAAGAGGCGGAACCCGAUCCUCAAGUACAUUGGGAAGCCCAAAAGCUCGUCGCAGAGCACAUUUCAUAUUCCCUUGUCCCCUGUGGAAGUCAAACCAGGCAACGUGAGGAACAUCAUUCAGCACUUUGAGAACAACCAGCCGUAUGAUGCCCCAGAGCCUGGGACGCAGCGGCUCUCCACAGGAAGUUUUCCUGAGGACCUGCUGGAAAGUGACAGCUCCCGCUCAGAGAUUCGCUUGGGCCGUUCCGAGAGCUUGAAGGGUCGGGAGGAGAUGAAGCGGUCUCGGAAGGCAGAGAACGUGCCCCGCUCUCGCAGCGACGUGGACAUGGAUGCAGCUGCAGAGGCGGCCCGCCUCCAUCAGUCCGCCUCCUCCUCUGCCUCCAGCCUCUCCACCAGGUCUCUGGAGAACCCAACCCCUCCCUUCACCCCCAAAAUGGGCCGCAGGAGCAUUGAGUCCCCCAGCCUGGGCUUCUGCACUGACGCCCUCCUCCCUCACCUCCUGGAGGAUGACUUGGGUCAGCUGUCUGACCUAGAGCCCGAGCCUGACACCCAGAACUGGCAGCACACGGUGGGCAAGGACGUGGUGGCCGGCCUGAGCCAGAGGGAGAUCGACCGGCAGGAGGUCAUCAACGAGCUAUUUGUGACAGAGGCCUCCCAUCUGCGCACGCUCCGGGUACUGGACCUUAUCUUCUACCAGCGGAUGAAGAAGGAGAACCUUAUGCCUCGGGAGGAGCUGGCCCGGCUCUUCCCCAACCUGCCCGAGCUCAUAGAGAUCCACAAUUCCUGGUGUGAGGCCAUGAGGAAGCUCCGAGAGGAGGGCCCUAUUAUCAGAGAGAUCGGAGACCUCAUGCUGGCUCGGUUUGAUGGCCCCGCCCGGGAGGAGCUCCAGCAGGUGGCCGCCCAGUUCUGCUCCUACCAGUCCAUAGCCCUGGGACUCAUCAAGACCAAGCAGCGCAAGGAGAGCCGCUUUCAGCUGUUCAUGCAGGAAGCUGAGAGCCACCCUCAGUGCCGGCGGCUGCAGCUCAGAGACCUCAUCAUCUCGGAGAUGCAGCGGCUCACCAAGUAUCCCCUGCUGCUGGAGAGCGUCCUCAAGCACACAGAGGGUGGUACCUCUGAGCAUGAGAAGCUCUGCCGGGCUCGGGAUCAGUGCCGGGAAAUUCUCAAGUACGUGAAUGAAGCAGUGAAGCAGACAGAGAACCAGCACCGGCUAGAAGGCUACCAGAAACGCCUGGACACCACCUCCCUAGAGAGGGCCAGCAACCCCUUGGCAGCAGAGUUCAAGAGCUUGGAUCUUACAGCUAGAAGGAUGGUCCAUGAGGGGCCCCUGACCUGGAGGAUCAGCAAGGAUAAGAGCUUGGACCUCCACGUGCUGCUGCUGGAGGACCUCCUGGUGCUGUUGCAGAAGCAGGAUGAGAAACUGAUGCUCAAGUGCCACAGCAAGACAGCUGCGGGCACCUCGGACAACAAGCAGACCUUCAGCCCGGUACUCAAGCUCAAUGCUGUGCUCAUCCGCUCUGUGGCCACAGAUAAACGGGCCUUUUUCAUCAUCUGCACAUCAGAGCUGGGCCCCCCCCAGAUCUAUGAGCUGGUGGCAUUGACGUCGUCAGACAAGAACACAUGGAUGGAGCUCUUGGAGGAGGCCGUGCGGAACGCCACCCGGCACCCCAUUGCUGCCCCAGUGCUCGCCCAUCCCCCACCCCCAGAUGCCCAGGAGCCAGCACACCAGAGCCCCAUACCCACCAGGGUAGGUCUGGACAGCUCAGAGGUGUUCCACAGCGAACCAGAAUCCGGGUUGCUGCCUGGAGGCCCUGGGCCCCAGCAGAGGGUCAGGGGGAAGCACCCGGGCCAGCUAGAGGAUCCUGAGCAGGAAAGCAGCAUAGAGGAGGAGCUGGGUGCCCUUCCUCACCCCUCUGCAUCCCUGGAUGGAGAGAGCAGGGGUGGCCGGACACGGGGACCCAUCCUCCUGCCCCUCCCAGGCCCUCUGUUCAUGGAAGGGCUCGCCGACUCAGCCCUGGAAGAUGUGGAGAGACUGCGGCACCUGAUCCUAUGCAGCCUGCUGCCUGGUCACCGCUCCGAAGCACAGCCCACCAGUGAGCCCGAGGAUGACCUGACACCUACACCUUCUCUCGUGAGCAGCGCCUGUCACACUGGGGACCCCAGCUCUCCAGGACGAGCUCCCCAUGGGGGUGAAGGGCCAGAGCAGGAGGACAUGGCUCUCUGUUCUCUGGAACGCCUGCCCCCACGGGCCAGGAAUUCUGGGAUCUGGGAGUCCCCAGAGUUGGACAGGAACCCAGAGGAAGAGGCUUCAGGGACAGAGGCAGCAGGAAGUUACAAAGUUGUGAGAAAAGCUGAGGUGGUGGGCAGCAGGGCUGUCACUGCGCUACCAGAGAGCCAGUCAGGGCCUGAGCCGCCCGAAGUGGAAGGCGGAGCCAAGGCUGCGGGAAACUGCUUUUAUGUCAGCAUGCCAGCAGGACCCCCCGACUCCACCACUGAGCCCUCCCAGCCCAACAGCCUCCCUGUCUGGCAGACAGAACCAGAACCACAGGCCCAGCUUCAGGGAGGCAGUGGAGGCUGCAGGCGCCCCAGCCGCUCCCCACCCAGCAUGGCCCUCAGGGACGUGGGCAAUAUCUUCCACACCAUCGAGCAACUCACCGUCAAGCUCAACAGGCUCAAGGACAUGGAGCUUGCCCACAGGGAGCUGCUCAGGUCGCUUGCAGGAGAGUCGUCCGGUGGCACCACACCUGUGGGCAGCUUCCACACCGAGGCGGCCAGAUGGACAGACCACUCCCUGUCACCUCCAGCCAGGGAACCUCUGGCCUCUGACUCCAGGGACAGCCAUCAGCCAGGGCCAUGCUCUGAGGACGGUGAGGGAGGCUCCAAUACCCCCCUGGAAGAUGGCACAACACACGCAGCCUCAUCCCCGGGACUGUAGCUGUGCAAACCUCCAGAUUGCCUGCAUCAUCCCCACUCCUCCUCUGGGGACCGGCCCAGGGAGGGGCACAUGGCAGGGAGACCCCAGGGGAGCCCCGCAUGUCCUUGGUCUGCUCAUGUCUGGGUUGAGUUCCAGUGUCUUCUCCCUCCAGCCGUUCUCCCACCCCCCCACUCCCCCACCAGGGCCUCUCCUGAGCAUGCGGACUGCAUCUGCAAGGCCCCCAGACACACAGGUGAAAGGAGGAGGCUCUGUGUACAUGCACUUUCUUCCUCCCUCCUUUGUAGGACCCCAGGGCUGAGGUGGGGUACCUCCGCCUCUCCCUUCUUUGUCACUUUGGUUUCCUAUAAAUAUGUAUGUACUGUAUGUGCAUCUUGCUUUGUAAAUAACUUUGACCUGUUUUGUUUCUGUUCCUGGGGGGCCAGAGGCAGUUACAGAAGGGACAGCUCACAUCUCCUAGUUACAGCCCCACCCAGAGUCAGGGCCCCAAGGGGGACCCAGCCCUGGGCACCCAGGUCCCAGCCCACCUGGCUUGAGAGCCCAGUCCCUGCGGCCUGGGCUCUGAGGAUGCAUCUUCUUCGGGAGAAUCCCUGACCCUACUUCUGUCCACCCCUCCCCAUUCUCUCCCUAGAGGAAACCAGUAUAUCAGGUACGGCCCUAAAAACCAGGCCCCAGGAUGAGAGGCAGGGGGUGUGAAUGCUGGAAUCCCCAUGUUAACCCAGGACCAUCUCCAGAGCCACUGCAGCAUCGGCCGUUUGUCCCAUGCCAGCCCCCCCUAGAAUAUCCACACUGUGCUAGGUGUAUAUAUACAUAUAUAUAUAAAUAUAUAUAUAAUAUAUAAAAUAUAGAGAUGGAAA